AUGGAUCAGCUGAAAUUAAUGAAAUUGGUCGCACAUAAGGCCGUUGACACAUAUGUCAAAAGUAACACGAUCGUUGCCCUUGGAACAGGCAGGACUUCAGAUUUGGCUGUUGAGAGGUUGGCCGAACUGUUGAAACAGGAGAAGCUUUCAAAUGUGCAGGGCGUCUCAACGAGCAAUCGGACCUCAGAACAGGCAAAUAAGCUAGGAAUACCUCUGCUUACACUAGACGAGGUCGUUGAAAGUGACAGACUAAUUGAUGUUGCAAUUGACGGUGCAGAUUCCGUUGACCAAAACUUAAACUUGAUUAAAGGUGGAGGAGGAGCUCUCUUCAAGGAAUAUUUAGUGGAGCAAUAUGCAAAAGAGUUUAUUGUUAUGGUUGAUCAUUCUAAAGUGGCGACAAAACACCUGCUGGAAACAUUUGAUUUGCCCAUAGAAAUAGUUGAACAUGGCCACCGUUCAACCUGCAAAUAUAUUUUUAAUAAAUUUAGAGAGUUUAUAAAUGACUGGAAGGUGAGAAAAAAUAGAGACGGCUCAUUGUUUCUGACCGAUAAUCACAAUGUUGUGAUGGAUGUUAAAUUUAAGCCAAUGGAACUCAAAACGCUUCACACAGAACUUAAAAUGGUAAAAAUGGAAAAUUAA